AUGGGCAGCCGAGACCACCUCUUCAAAGUGCUGGUGGUGGGGGACGCCGCGGUGGGCAAGACAUCGCUGGUGCAGAGAUACUCUCAGGACAGCUUCAGCAAACACUACAAGUCUACGGUGGGAGUGGAUUUUGCUCUGAAGGUUCUCCAGUGGUCUGACUCAGAGAUGGUGCGACUCCAGCUAUGGGAUAUUGCAGGACAGGAGCGUUUCACCUCCAUGACCCGGCUGUACUACCGAGAUGCCUCUGCUUGUGUUAUUAUGUUUGAUGUUACCAAUGCCACCACAUUUAGCAACAGCCAGAGAUGGAAACAGGACCUGGACAGCAAGCUCACCCUGCCCAGUGGAGACCCUGUACCCUGCCUGCUCUUGGCCAACAAGUGCGAUCUUUCCCCUUGGGCAAUGAGCCGGGACCAGAUUGACCGGUUCAGUAAAGAGAAUGGUUUCACGGGUUGGACAGAAACAUCAGUCAAGGAGAACAAAAACAUAAAUGAGGCUAUGAGAGUCCUACUUGAAAAGAUGAUGAGCAAUUCCAGAGAAGAUGUAUCAUUGUCCACACAAGGGGACUAUAUCAAUCUACAAGCCAAGUCUUCCUCCAGCUGGACCUGCUGCUAA